AGGAUGGAGGCCUGUUGAAGUCGGAGAGGUUGAGAACGGUGGGCUAGGGGAAAUGUUAAUGAGAGGAGUUGGGCGAGACGACAGGGGUAACGACGAUGACUUGGCGGGGGCCCCGUUUCAUGUCAGCCAUGCUCGUCGUCUGCAGCGACAGCUCCGCUCACCGAGCGCUGUUUCUAGAACCCCAGUUGCGCAGCGCAAAAUCCCCGGGAGACACUCGUGGUUUGCUCGAACCCUCUGAGUCGGUCUCUCGGGUAUUCAUGAUUUUGAUGUCUAUCAGGUUAUCAACCAUGCCAGGAUUGACGGCGACACGACGCGCUCAACGGAAAAAAUAAUGAACACUGGAUUCAUCCUUUCGGAAUGUGACGUGAAGGCGGGGACCACCUCAUCUGCGCUUCGGUGAGCUACGCGAUCACUAGCACCCCUGAAAGAAGUCCAGCCGGCUUGUAAUAUUAUUGACAUACGCGAUGAUCAGCGUAGAACAAUCGCACGCCUCACUGCCCUGCCUCUUCGCUUCAUGUUUCGCCUCUUCGCUGCUCAACGCUUGCUAGCCGACUGCUAGAGCGACUACCCAGAAUCGCUGCUCGUAGCAAGUUGUCCUGUCGAGACGGCACCGUUCAAUCUGUAGACGCCAGCAACCAGAUCUUUGCUUUCUUAAAGUUCCUGCAAGCCGGAGAAUG